AUGGCCACGUCCCUCGCUGCGCAGCUCUCGCAGAUUGCGGCCAAGUCGACGAACCCGCUCGAUCUCAAGGCGCAGCGGGUCGCGCACGCCCAGUCUCUGAUCUUCGAGAAGAAGAUUGCCAUCUCGCAGGAUUUCGACACCAUCUACCAGAUAUGCUACGAAGGCUUCCAGGAGCUGUGCCAGCUGGACGCCCGGUUCGCUGAAUUCGGGCGCACCAUUUUCAGUGAGCAGAGCAAGGCCGAAGAGCGAACACAAAUGACUGCGGCUCAGAACAAGGAACUCGAUGCGGUCUUGGAAUCGUUCCUUGCCCUGGUCGGAAGCAAAUUGCUGCUCAGCCCUGCGAUCAAGGCGGUGGAGUGGCUUGUGAGGCGUUUUCGAGUCCACGAAUACAACACAGCCUUCCUCCUGUUCACGUUUCUCCCGUAUCACUCGACGCCAGUGUUUUUGAAUCUGCUGGCGAUCCUGCCGGAGGAUCUGACGUCGACGUUCAAGGUUCUCUAUCCGUACAAGAGAAGUCUGAUCAACCCGCCUCGGCAUCCGCUUGUCCACAGUGCGACGACCAACCAGGCGUUCUGCUCCGCUCUGAACCGAUAUGUGCUGCAAGUAUGCAAGCAACAUGCCCAUUACCACGGCCUUCUCGCGUUUUGGGCCGGGAUCAUGACCGAAGCCGUUGCGGGGAUGUUGGACAAUGCACGCUCUGGGCGUCGGGGGAUUGAGAAGAAAAACCACGAAGACAUUCUCUUGCGGUUCCUUCCAGUCCUCAAUGAUGGACUUUCCAUGAAGAAGGCCCCAGAGUUGGUGAUUGGGUGCUACAUGAUAGCAGUGGUCUUCGCGACAAAAGCGGCUCUUCAAGACAACGUCAUCGAUUCGAUGAUGGAGGCUGUGGUGGGAUCCUGGACGCAAGAGACGUUGAGCUCCGGAAUCGUGUGUCUGUCGGUUCUGGCACAGCACAAAGAAGACGUGACGUUGCCGAAGAAGGUGGUCCGGUCUGUCUUGAGAUUGGAAAAUCCCGUGGGUCUGCUGGCCGAAGUCAAGGCGCAGCACCAGGUGUCGCAGCUCGUUCUAGGCAUGGUCUCUGGCUGUCUCUCCGAGUUCGAAAAGCAAGACGCCCAGUCGCGCUUGGAUUUCAUCUCUUAUGUCUUCGAGAAGGGCUUGCUGGAUGAGACCGGGAAUCGUAAGGCCAUAACAAUGAUCCUUCAAGCCUCAAGCGAUGCUCAGAAGAAAGGCGAAAUGUCCUUGGAUACUCAGGCCCGUUUUUCCGAGCUCGUCCAGGGUCUGAAUUCGUCCGACUCUCUCCGGCCUCUUCUUCAAGCCGCUACGUCCGAGUCAGCCAUUGACGUCGCAAGCCUGGAACACAGCUUGCAGACGGUCAUCGACAAGCAGCCCGCGCUGCCGCCCAGUGAAGAUGUUGAGAUGAAAGAUGCAGACGAGGAGGAAGAAACUGAUGUUUUCCCCGAACUUGUGGAAUCCUUGUCCAAAGAGCCUCGCUAUCCUUCUUCGUUCCUGGCUGACCAGGGCUCUCCCGUGUUUGACAAGCUUGUUCAAGCUCUCACGCUUGCUGCUGGCUCUCAAGAGAGGCUGGACUCGGUCGCCAAUCUCCCAGUCCUUGGAAAAGCCCAAAUCACGGACAAGCCGCAAUUUUUGUCCUUCAUUAUUCGCGCUUCUGCAGGCCCUCAUCCAGUGGGUGCUCGUGCUGCGGCACUUAACAUCGCAGCUUCUUCUCUACCUUCCGACACUACCGCGGCUGUUGACCUUCAGGCAUUGUUGCCGUACAUCAUUGCAGCUCUGAGCGACCCGUCUGCGAAAAUUCGCCGUGAGGCAGCCAAUCUUGCCGCUGCGGUUGCGGAUCUGUCCCGAAAGGCGAAGAAGAAGGACGGUGACGCCACCAUUUGGGCCCACGAUGGCCUCUACACGCAGAAGAAGCAAUCACAGUCCAUUCAAUGGCUCUCUACCCGCGACGCACAGAAGUUCGUCGAUCGUGUCUUGCUUCCGGGUCUGGAAGAAUUCGUUCUUGAUGGGAGCCACAUUGGGGCGGCAAUUGAGAGCGCAUUAAAGGGAUCGUCGAGUUCGGAGUCGAAUGAAGCUUCCGAGUUGAAGAAAUCACUGAGGCUGAGCGUCUUUUCCUUCCUCUGUUUUCAUGUUGUUCAUACGCCACUCUAUGCAGUGAAACUCCGACUCCUCAAACUCCUUAACCGGGUUGACAGAAUCAGUUCACAUACCCGGACCAGAGAACUCCUGCCGCUCCUUGAGAACUGGCGAACGUUUACGCAGGAGGAGGUGGCCAAGAUCUGCGAAAGGGAACACAUAUCUGCUACUGAGUUGGAACAGGAGGUCGCUGCCAUUGUUACCCACAAGGACAAAGAAGCCGUUGAUAUCUUGAUAGCCAGUGCGAGCCAAUCCCCGGGCGUGAGACCGGCCUUCCUCUCCGCGGUCUUCGCUCGCAUCCAGAGCAUCUGGACCAAGAUUGGCGAGGAGCGGCAACUUUCCGCCUGCGACCAGCUGCUUCACCUCUCGCUUGAAGGUUCAAAGGACAAUGAAACACUGCAGACCAACGCUAUGAACACUCUUCGGGGUGUGGAACUUCCUGGAACCGCUCUGGUGGAUUUGAUAGAGAAAAUUCCAUCUUCCAUCGCCAACUUGGAGAGUCACGCGCCGUCACCGAAGCGACGACGCACGAACCAGAACAAUGCAGUGGCGAUGAGUCGUGAGAACCAGUCCGAGCUGAGUGCAGUCGUGGAGAAGGUCACUUUCAUUCUCGAGCUCGUGGACAGUUCUGGGCCAGAGAAGUAUCCGGAACUGGCCGAUGGUUUAUUCAAAACUCUCGCGACUCUUCACCACUUCAAGUCCCAGAUUCAGUCUGGACUGGGUUACCUGCUCAGCCUGACUCUAGGUAGCUUGUUGGCGAUUGUGAACAAGUCAAGGGCCUCUGCAAAACCUCAAUUUGAUACCUCGACCAUCCGCACGGAUCUCGUUGUCGAUUGCGUUCGCACAACGGACACUCCCCAAGUGCAGAAUAUGGCCCUUCUGUUGGUAUCGGGUCUUGCGGUCAUUGCACCAGAGUUGGUUCUUCACAGCGUGAUGCCGAUCUUCACGUUCAUGGGAUCCAGCGUCCUUAGGAAAGACGACGAGUACUCUGUCCAUGUCAUAGACCAGACGAUUGACCAAGUGGUGCCGGCUCUCGUGCAGUCGCUGCGCAACCAGAAGCGUGACGUGGUCUCUGGUACUUCAGAGCUGCUUCUCAGUUUCACCGCCGCGUUUGAACAUAUCCCGUCUCAUCGGCGGCAGCGACUGUUCGAAGCCUUGGUCACGAAGCUUGGUACGCAAGAUUUCUUGUUUGCUGUUCUUGCGAUGCUUGCCAACCGCUAUGGCCUGGACAAGGAUGUCUGUUCCUUGAUGACUGGUCUCGUUGCCAACAUCGAUGCCGAGCUACAGCUCCUUACGUACAAGAAGUAUAUGGAUUUGGUCAGCGAUUCUCUCCAACCGAAGCCGGGUAUUUCUCAAGUUCUUCUCGGUAUCGGAAACGAGGGGGCGAGCGAUCCUCACAAGGUCGCUGAGGUUCUUUUGCGGUCGUUGGCAUACCUCCUGAAACAUUCGUCUCUUGGCUCGAAGAUGGCCAUGGUCUAUACGUCUGAGGACGAGGAUGCGGAGGCCACCAUCCGCGUCCUUUUCUCUCAGAUCCUUGAACAGAUUCUGACCCUGGCAGAUUCGGUGCAGGAUGACAAGUCCCUCAGCUUUGUUUGCGGUGAUGUUCUUGGCGCCGUGCUGGGUACCCUGUCGCUCGUGGACUUCCUCGAUACGGUGGAAGAGCUUCUCAAGCGGCCCAACGACGAACUUCGCCGAAAGGUCCUCCGCUUGCUGGAAAGCCGCGUGCGUCAGAAUCCAGAGCGGGACAGCGCAUCACAAAAGAGAGUCCUGGCCUUUGUGUCCAUUCUCGUCAACAUCAUUCAGACUUCGCCCGAUAUCCUGCUCAAGCAUGCUGCCGUUGCUUGUGUGGACCGUAUUUCCGAGAAAUAUGGCAAGAAGGAUACGGGCACAGUGGUGCACGCUGCCAAGGUUGUCGCCAGCGAGGCCUGCAUUGGGCAGUCAGACGAGCGGAUUCGUGUCAUGGGCGUGCUGUGUCUGGCAUCGAUGGCGGAAGUGCUUGGACAGGCAAUCAUCCCUGCUCUUCCCGAGACACUGAGCCGGUCGUUGAGCUUGCUUGAAGGCAGCCUGAAAGAGGGCGAGGAGAACGAGAAAAUGCACAACGCUGUCUUCUCCUUGCUGUCGGCGCUCCUUAUCCAGGUUCCGUUCAUGCUGUCCGACAAGCAUCUUGACCGGAUCUUGCAGCUGUCCUUCACAUCUGCCAAAUCGAGCCUUUCUGCGGACAGUGAUGAUGCCCGUCAGGAGAUGCUCAAAUUGUUCGCCCGGAAGGUCGAUGUCAAGGAAUCGUUUAGCGCUGUCGACCGCAACUGGGCCUUCGCGGUACAGCAGGGACCGACUGCCGUGAGGGAGGCGCUCGACGUGAUCAGCCUUGCCAUUGAGAAGCACCCGAAGUCGUCCACGGUCAAGAACGUCGGCAUCCUGUCGAACUUCUUCCGCAAAGCGUUCGACCUGCGCCGAGAGCAGAUGUCUGCGGAUGAGUCGGAGUAUGCAGAGUCGGAGCUGGAGGAGAUCGAGAACAUUGUCAGCGAGGUUGCGAUCAAGAUGAUCUACAAGCUCAACGACACGACCUUCCGGCCGAUUUUCAUCGAGUUUGUCGAGUGGGCGACGAAUGGCCUGCCGAAGAAGGAGGCCCUCGGCAGGACGAGGCGGCUUACGUCGUUCUACAAGUUCUUGCAGAGUUUCUUUGGCACGCUCAAGUCUAUUGUCACGAGCUAUGCAAGCUACAUUAUCGACAAUGUGGUGGAAGUUUUGAAAUUCGCCAAGCCGACUGACAAGGACUCGAAGAGUCUGUGGCUGGCGGCGAUCCGAAUGUUGCGGAAUGCCUUUGAGCACGACCAAGAUGAAUCCAAGCUAACAUCUGGUGCAGAGUUCUGGCAAUCACCGUCUCAUCUGGCCGCCAUUUCCACUCCUCUGAUCUCCCAGCUUUCGCGUGCCACCAACUCGUCGACCGCAUCUGUCAUUAUUGCUGAGGCUGUUCCUUCGAUCACUGAGCUUGCGGUCGCCGCCGACUCGCCCGACAACUUCAAGGAGCUCAACUCGGCGAUCAUGAAGUACCUGCGUCCGUCGACCACGACCGUGGGCGGUGCCCGAGUCACGGGCGGCGAUAGCCCGCACACGCGACUGGCGGCGCUGAAGGUGGAGCAGUCGCUCACGGAGCGCCUGGGCGAGGAGUGGCUUGCCCUGCUGCCAGAGAUGCUGCCGUACAUCAGCGAGCUGAUGGAAGACGAGGACGAGACGGUGGAGCGCGAGGUGCGGAAGUGGGUGAAGCAGAUUGAGGCGGUGCUGGGAGAGAAGCUGGAUGAUAUGUUGACGUAG